AUGGACGCACUCAAUGCCACCAGGGCGUCGUCCGUCUUGACGUCUGUCCUCGCCAACUCGAAAUAUGUCAGCGCCAACAUCCCUCCUCAGGUCGACUAUGUCAUCGACACCAUCGCUGCCGCGGGACCGUGGACGUGGUUCUUCACCAUCUUGGCCAUCUGCGUCGUCUAUGACCAAGUCAGCUACCUCAUGAACAAGGGUUCCAUUGUUGGCCCGGCAUGGAAGCAGCCUUUCAUCGGACCUUUUCUCCAGUCCAUGGACCCCAAGUUUGAGGAGUACUAUGCCAAGUGGUUGAGCGGUCCCUUGAGCUGCGUCUCCGUCUUCCACAAGUUUGUCGUUAUCGCGUCCACUCGAGACAUGGCUCGCAAGGUGCUCAACUCCCCGGCGUAUGUCAAGCCCUGCGUCGUCGAUGCCGCUUACAAGCUCCUCGGAGAGGACAACUGGGUUUUCCUCGACGGCAAGCCCCACGUAGAUUUCCGCAAGGGCCUCAACGGCCUCUUCACCCGCAAGGCUCUCGAGUCCUAUCUGCCCGGUCAGGAAGAGGUCUAUAAGGUCUACUUCAAGCGCUUCCUCGACAUCACCAAGGAGAAUGGCGGCAAACCCGUCCCCUUCAUGCCCGAAUUCCGUGAGCUCAUGUGCGCCGUCUCUUGCCGUACCUUUGUUGGCCACUACAUCUCCGACGAGGCCGUCAAGAAGAUUGCCGAUGACUAUUACCUCAUCACUGCGGCUCUUGAGCUCGUCAACUUCCCCAUCAUUCUUCCCUACACCAAGACGUGGUAUGGAAAGAAGGCGGCCGACAUGGUUCUCGCCGAGUUCGCAAAGUGUGCCGCCAAGAGCAAGGUCCGCAUGGCUGCCGGGGGAGACGUCACCUGCAUCAUGGACGCCUGGAUUCUGCAGAUGAUUCAAUCCGAGCGCUGGCGUGAGGCUGAGGAGAAGGGCCUGUCCACCGAGGGCAUGGUGAAGCCGGCUCCUAUGCUGCGUAUGUUCCGCGAUUACGAAAUCUCCCAGACCGUCUUCACCUUCCUUUUCGCUUCUCAGGAUGCCACCAGCAGUGCCGCGACAUGGCUAUUCCAGAUUGCUGCCCAGCGACCCGACGUUCUUGACCGCGUUCGAGAGGAAAACCUCAAGGUCCGGAACGGUGACGCCUAUGCUGAGUUGAACAUGGAUCAGCUCGAGUCCCUGACCUACACCCGCGCCGUCGUCCGAGAGCUUCUGCGAUACCGCCCUCCCGUCCUCAUGGUUCCGUACAAGGUUAAGAAGCCGUUCCCCAUCACCGACAAGUACACUGUUCCCAAGGGUGCCAUGUUGAUUCCCACGACGUACAUGGCUCUUCACGACCCCGAUGUUUACGAGAACCCCGACUACUUUGAUCCCGAGAGAUACUACUCAGGUGACGCCGAGGUCAAGGGUGCCAAGAACUACUUGGUCUUUGGAACCGGCGCUCACUACUGCCUGGGCCAAGUUUAUGCACAGCUUAACCUGGCCCUGAUGCUCGGAAAGGCAUCUGUGCAGAUGGACUGGACUCACCACGCCACCCCUCUCUCAGAGGAGAUUAAGGUGUUUGCAACCAUCUUCCCCAAGGAUGACUGCCCUCUUACUUUUGAAGAGAGGAAAUAA